AUAAAAGCGGGUUGGCAAGCUGAUUCAACGACAACAAGCUAAGAAGAGAUCCUCCAGAGUCUAACGCCACAAUGACCAAGAUUCUGAUGCUGUCUGUUUUAGUUGCAAUUUUCUUCCGUGCAUGUAUGUGUGACCCCGGUGGGCAAAACGAGUGCACUGUGGUACAACUUGAAGAGACAAUAGAAGCGACGACAUGCGGUGGAACCACAACCAUCAGAUAUACCAACGGAACACUCAUUCAGACACAGUUUUUCACAAACAAGACGAUGACUGUGACCCAGGAAGGAGAAGACACCACCUCCUGCUACGUGCAACCCCUGACCCCGAUGCCGAAAGAGAUUGAUUAUGCUGAGACCACUUUGACUGAGUUUGCUGAGGAAGUUGAUGCUGAUGCAGUAGCCGCCAUCCAAGCUCUAGUUCCUGAGUGCCAGGGUCGGACCAUCUAUGCCUUGGUGGCGGCAACUGAAGACCCCAGCACAGGAAGAAGAAAGAGAACUUGCGAUUGGCGUCGCAAAUGUGUCGAGGUUUAUAGUAGAGACGAAGGGUGGAACACUUACUGUCGAAUGGUACAAGUGUGUAGAGCUACCCUUAAUGUUGUAGAUAAAUAAGUCACAUAAAAAACAACGACAUCACGUCGAAGGUGGAAUGUCUUGAAUAUGAUCAACAUGAUAUUAUGCUCUAGGUUUGGUCCAUUCAAUAACUCAAAUAUAAAAAUAGAACGACACUGAAAUACACAAUUUCACACCUGCAAGUAAUUAUUAUAUAUUUAAAUUUGCAUGUAGUUUGUAUCCUUGUAAAAUAACGAGCAUAUAUAUUGGACUCUUUAGGAAUAUGUUCAGUAUUAUGAAAUACAAAACAUAAUUAUUUUGUUUAUAGUAUAUGAAAUUGGCCUAUAUAACAAUGUGAAAUUAAGAAGAAUGCAUGUACUGGUAUUGCAAAUCUGAUUAUAACUGAAUAAAAUAUUCACCAUCGA